AUGCCCCUACUAACAGGAUAUGGAUCUUCGUCAGAUUCCAGCGAUGACGAAAAACUGACGCCAAAGCGGUCUACGCUCGAACUAGCUCCCGCAGCUGCUGUGGCUGAAUACAAACACUCAGUGCAUAUGGUGGUCUCGGACGAUAAUAGUGUGCGCAAAAAUGCAGCUGCAUUUGUUCAAAGGGAGUUAAUGGAUGAAGUUUCUUUUCAGGCACAGAAAAGGGCUUACGAGAUGAAUGCAAGUGACGAUGAAGGCACUAGACCUAAGGGCUCUAAAGUGAAACGUUCCCGAAAGAAAGGCUCGCCAGAAGACGUGGAUGGCUACAAAGGGCCAUGGGCUAGCUACUCUGAGACCAGCUCGGAAUCCGAUGAUGAGGCGGAUUCCGUUGAUACUCCAGAAGAAGAGCCGCAAUACAUAUACAAAGCCGUACAUGACGAUGUGGAAACCACGAAACUCUACGCGAAGUCCGAGACGGAUUAUCUUGGAAGAACUUACAUGCAUAUACCACAGGACUUAGGAAUUGACCUGUUGAAAGAUCCGGGUUCCCAGAACUGUUAUGUUCCAAAGAGGAAGAUCCAUACCUGGGCUGGUCACGAGAAAGGCACGCAAAAACUGCAAUUUUUCCCCAAAUCUGGCCAUAUGUUGCUUUCUUGUGGAAAUGACAACAAUAUCUUUCUUUGGGACACAUAUCAUAAACGAGAGCUUCUGCGCGGUUAUUUUGGUCAUAGGAUGGCUGUGAAAGAUGUCGAUUUCAACCAUGAUGGCAGUCGGUUCCUCAGUUGUUCUUAUGAUAAAACAGUCAAAUUAUGGGAUACAGAGAAAGGCGUUUGUUUGAGCAGAUAUAAGCUGCAAUCUUUGCCCAACGUGGUGAGGUAUAACACCAAUGUAGACAAAAACCACGAGUUCGUGGUUGGUCUGACGAAUAACAAGAUUGAGCAUUUUGAUUCUAGAACCGAGGAAACCGUCCAGACUUACGAUCAUCACAUGGGUGCGAUUAAUGAUAUUUGUUUUGUUGACAACGGCAACAAAUUCAUGUCGUCUUCAGAUGAUAAAACGCUCAGAGUCUGGGGUUGGCAGGUGAACAUGCCCAUCAAGCACAUAUCUGAUCCAUCGCAGCAUUCCAUGCCCAGGCUAUCUCUACAUCCCAGUUCCAGCUAUGUUGUUGCUCAGAGUAUGGACAAUACUAUAGUUACAUUCAGCGCGAGAGACAAGUUCAAGAGAAGUGUCAAAAAGAAGUUCUCGGGUCAUAAGAAUGCAGCCUAUGCUGUCGGGUUGGAUUUCACUCCAGAUGGUAAGAUCCUGAUGAGUGGAGAUUCCAAUGGAUUUGCCUACUUUUGGGACUGGAAAACUGUCAAAGUCGUUACUAAACUAAAGGUUGAUGAUAUGCCAAUCAGCUGUAUUCAGGCGCAUCCGCAAGAGACGAGUAAGGUGGCUAUCAGUGGAGCCAAGGGGAAGAUCUAUUACUAUGAGUGA